AUGGAUGCACAACGUCAUAAAUUGGAAAUACUUGAAAGUAAGGAUAAGUUGUUUACUCCACCACUUAAGACACAAUUAAUGUUGGGAAAACAUGCUGCUUCUAUAUAUACUCUUGUUGCUUUUUAUGAUUUUCAAGCUGAAAUUUGCACUACUUGUUAUGAAUGUGGGCUGGACAAACAUCAUUUUGAUAAUGGUAAAGAUUGUUUUUCAGUGAUUUACUUGCGUAACAAAAGGGUUUUUAAUGUUGUCUUUGAUCCAACAACACUUGAGGUGGAUUGCUCAUGUAAGAUGUUUAAACGUAUUGGAAUUUUAUGUAGACAUUCUCUUUGGGUUUUAAAUGCUAAGGGUGUUAAUAAAUUGUCUGAGCAACAUGUUUUGAAAAGUAGUAUAGAUGAUCUUCAAGAAUUAUUGGAGAAAUUAAAAGUCAAUUCCAGUGAACUUUUAGAAAAGAAAAACAGUUUAGUGGAACAAACAAAAGAUCAUGAUUUUGAGGAUUUUGUUGGUUGUAAAGCACCCGAAGUUAUUAACAUCCAAAAUCCAAAAGUAUCUUCAAAUAAGGGCACUAGAAAGGAAAGUGAUACUAAUGACAAAGAGGCUCAUAGGUCUAUAAUUCCGAAGCGUUGUAAAACAUGUGCAAAGAUCGCUGGUCAUAAUAGUCGUACAUGUGUAACACCCCUGAAUUUCCGACCCCUUAACGAAACCAAAACCAUAAAGGACGAGAGGAAAUUCGGGUAUUACAUACAAUAA